AUGGAAUCGUCCAUGGAGCUGACGGUGCACCACCAUGGAACCCCGCACAGCUUCCCGCUCUCCAACUCAGCGACACUACAAGACCUCGCCGCAGCUAUCGAAGGCAUUCUGAACAUUCCAGUCGCGAACCAAAAGCUCCUUAUAGCUCCAAAGCCAGGCAUGCAGAAAGCACCGUUCCCACCAACCGCUCUCACGGACAUACUCCCACUCGACUCACCAAGGUUCAAAAUCACUCUCCUCGGCUCACCCGCCAAAGCAAUUGCAGACCUUCACGAACAAGCAACUAGCGAGCGCAAACGCCAAGAAACCCGCGCAUCGGCCUUAGCCACAGCCCGCAAAAACCAACCCACAGCAUCUCGCAGCCGUGGCAUCAACACCCUGUCCAAUGGCAGCAACAACUACACCUUCCACCGCCUCCUCCCUCUAAACUACCUACCGAACCCAGACCGCUCCCUCCAGUUCCUCACCCGCCUUCGCGAUGACGCAGGCAUCCGCGCUGCAAUGGCGAAACACAAAUUCUCCGUCCCACUUCUCACGGAAAUGAACCCGGCAGAGCACACGACCAGCGAGUCGCGCACGCUAGGACUAAACCGAAACAAAGGCGAAGUCAUCGAGCUUCGACUGCGCACAGAUGCAUACGAUGGGUAUCGUGACUACAGAACUAUUCGCAAAACGCUCUGUCACGAACUGGCGCAUUGUGUGUUCGGGCCACAUGAUCGGGACUUCUGGGACUUGACGGCGCAGAUUGAGCGGGAGGUUGAGGCUGGGGAUUGGAAGUCUGGUGGGAAUCGGUUGACGGGACAGGAGUUUUAUAAUCCUGGGGAUUGGGAGCGGGUACAGAGUGGGGAGGAUGAAUAUGUUGAUGAGUGUGGGUGGACUGGGGGUGAGUUUGUGCUUGGUGGGUUGAGAGAUGGGAAUAGAGACAGCGGAGGGACGGAGUCAAGGAGGGAAAUUCUCGCGAGGGCUGCUGAGGAGAGGCUGAAAAAGGAAGGGAAGAAGGAGACGCAGGAUGAUGGGAGAUGA